AUGGAAGCCAUCGCUGGCAUCAGCUCCAUUCUGCAAGUUAUCGAAAGCGUCACCAAAGUAGCUAAGCGUUUGAACGAAGUUAGAGAGAGCUACAACAAUGUCGCGCUCAACACUACCCUGGUCGCCAGCCAGCUGUCUACAAUUCGAGCCGCCUUAGAAGCUCUCUAUGAAUGGCGAGCAAGCGACCGAGACUCGACUGGACCCUCAAGGCAACUCGACAAGGACCUGGGUAUGUCCCUGAGCUGCUGUGCAAUCCUGAUCAGCGUUAUCGAUGGCAAACUGGACGACUCUGGCCAUAUGCCUGGGCUGAAACAAAAGAUCAAGUACCUUUGGCUGGAAGACAUUCUCAAAGAGUACAUAUCAAACCUCGAAGGUCAGGUCCGGGCUCUACAGCUUCUAUUGACCAUCUUCCAAUGCAGGACUGCGACGGAGAAGAGGCAAAAGCUUGCAAACGAGGAGAGUCGAACUAUAAUAGAGCAAGUGCGGGCAGAGACAGCAUCCCUGGCGCUGGACAACAUGGGUUUCCAAGAUGCGGCCUCUGUAUUGUCACUGAAUCCAUCCGUGACCCUCGAUAUCGACUCUAUACUCAUGAAAUCGCCUGCCUACAAGCGUGUGUAUGGAGAUGCGCGGCUGCGUAUAUCACCUGUAGUUAGCGCGAGUCCCAUUGGAAAUAGCGAACAGGAAGCCCGUCCAGGACCCACACCUGUCCUAAACAAAACGCUCCAACCGCCACCUCUGCCCUCACGACCAAUUCGGAAAUCGAUGCCCCAGAGUCGAGGCAGGAUCAAUGUCUGGGACUUUUAUCCUGGCGAAGAAGAGCAGGACUACAAUGUUGAUGCGACGAUCAUGGCGGACUCUAGCGAUGUCUUUGAGCUUCCAGGGGAGACGCAGGGGAGCGCUGCUGCAUCGCAACUGAAUGAAGAGUCAAAAAGAGAGCCCGAUGUCCCGCUGCAGCGUCAAGAAGAAGUAACAGAGAGCGUUAACAGCGAAGUGGAAACGACCGGCGCUGAGUUCUCCCAGGACAGUGUUUCGGAGGUUAAAUCUUUGUCGAUGCAGGCCGAGAAGGUUGUCUCAACAGCGCUCCCAGCCGCAGUCGAUGACACAGAGCAAAUUUCUGCUCUCGAGGAUUUUAGGAACCAGCUGAAUCUUGCGUUUGAAGGGAAGAGCCCUUCCCAUAACGGUGAACGUGAUUUGGGGCUCUUGUAUGGAACGGCCAUGCUUUUCCAAAGUGAGGAGAGCCAUAAAGUUGUUGUCACAAGAGACGAGACUUCGCAAGCUGUCUCUCGCAAACGUUCGAAAGAUCUCAGGCGCCAUAAGAAGCCGGAAUCUGAAGACUUGGGUCUUGAUCUCGGUGGCAAAAAAAGCUUACGAGAAGAAAUUCAGAGGCCGAUGUCAACACACUCGAGUCUCUAUGAAUGCAGCAUAAUCGCGGUGUCGAAGGAGCAAAGUACUAGGACGUCUUCUCCAUAUUCUUGUGUCUCCUGCAGGGAUGGUGGUGCAACAGACCACAUUUUGGAAAAUGAUAUACUGGAGGCGGAGAUACAUCAUCUUGUCCGUUUAAGUCCGCAAUCAGAAUACGGAAGCGCCGAUGUACAACAAAUUGCAACUGACAGAAAUUUGAUGAAUUCCAGUAUACUGGACCAGAGUCAACAGAACCCAGUGAGUGCCGGUGCUGACACUUCGAAUGAGUCACAGUCCCAGCGUUCAACGAGUGUCUUGCCCGUUUUCCCAAAGGUCACAAGCGUCGAACAACCUACGCACGUUGGGGAUCUCGCAACGCGUUCCACUCCUCCUGUAGACAAUGUUGCCAAGCCGGGGUCUGAAGAAAUCGAGCGGAUCGAGACGUCGCGGUCCACUGCCGGCCUUGGCCUGCAGCAUGUCAAGGCACCAGAGAUGAGCAACCCUCAUCCUCAGGUGAUCACAGAAUUGCCUUUAACCAUGCAACCUCCUCCUAGACGCGCUGCACCCGCGAAAGUCUUAUCUUCCCAAAGUCCACCAGCUCUUGUGUUCUCCCCAUCCACGGAAUCCAGGAAUCCUGAAAGCGAGCAAUCUACGCUAUCUUCCAACAGAGGCUCGUCUGCGCAUGAUGCAACGUCCACUAUAUCCUCUUCCGAGGCGCCUGAAGACAGCACAAUCCUGAGCUUACAACACUCUACCUGCAACACCACAGCAACUUCUAUCGGUACUCACGCGCCAGGAUUGGAUCGGGAUCAAGCGCAGUCUGAUUUACGCAGAUUACAGAACAAGCUUGCUACAGCCAAAGUCAGAGGCGACAGCCGCACAGUGCAAGAUUCUUUGCAGCGAUCAAUCGAAGUCAUCAGACGUACAUAUUUGGCAGGAUCACCAGCUGAGGACAUCAAUGCACCUGCAAACUCCCCGAAUCCUCGACUUAGCAAAGCGCGAUCAAACCUCAUGCGCUUCCCAUCUCUGCCUGGUUCAACAAAGGGUGUGACGCUCGGCGAUUUUGCGGCAUCUGGCAAUACGAUUUCGGUCCAAAAGAUUUUGAAAGAAAAGGUGAACGUCGACUCAAGAUCGGACAACUUCAAGACCCCUCUGAUGCGAGCGGCAAUGAAUGGGCACAUCGAGUGUAUGAAGUUGCUCAAGCGGUCUGGCGCCGACGAGAUUGCCGUAGAUGCUAACGGAAGGACCGCCCUUCAUAUAGCAGUGGCAAGCAAUCGAUUGGCUGCCGUAAAAUGGCUGUUAGAAGCUUAUCCUCCGCCUAGACCUGAUCAGAUGAGGCACCGACCUUCAAUACUAUUUCGGGCAACAGAUGUAGUCAAAGGCGUUAGGUCGCAGAAGAACUUGCGAGAAGCGUCUGAUGCAGAAGGCUCAAAGCCAUUACACAUAGCCGCUGAAUUGGACAAAGGAGGUAUGGUGAAGACACUUAUUGCAGCAGGCGUUGACACCGAUUCUAAGGACAAUUGGGGACGAACACCAUUUCACCGAGCAAUCAUCUCGAAACGCCGCGAUUCAUUCGACACACUAUUUCGAAGCGGUGCCAAGAUAGCCGCAGUGGACGCAAAGUCUGCAUCGUCAUUGCAUUUGGCAGCACAAGCUGGACAGGCAAACAUGAUCGAAACCCUCCUGGAAAACGGGGCAAAGCGAUGGGACUUUGAUGCUAAUGGUAAUCAGCCUAUUCACUCCGCUGUUUGGGGAGGAAACCCAUCUGCCAUCGAAGCACUUGUUACAGGAAGAGCAGACCUUGACAAGCAAACUAAAUCAGGCGAGACGCUGCUACACCUGGCUUGUCUGAAGAAAGAUCUGGAACUUGCGAAAUAUCUUCUGACGAAGCUUGUCGACGUCAAUCCUUGGGCCGGGCCUAGUUUCGGCGUGUCGCAGGUGCUGUCUCACACUAGGAUAAAAGGGUCUUCGAUGACUCCUUUACACUAUGCAUGCUGCACUCACGAUUUCGAAAUGGCCCUCUUACUCUUAGAUCACGAGGCUCUGGUCAACGCUCCCACUCCAGAAGGGGCGACAGCGCUCAUGAUGGCAGUUGAGACCGAGGAUACUAAUUUGGCCAAUUUGUUGCUCCAGAGGGGGGCCAAGGUGAAUGCUAAAGUUCCAGGUACUUUGAUCACUGCAUUACAUCUUGCAGCCAGAAGGGGAGAUUUGGAAACCGUUCAACAACUCUGCCGCCAUCGCGCGGAUGACAGCGCCCGGACAAGCGGCUCUUCAUACGGCAGAAGUCCGAUAGACGAGUGUACGAAAUGUCCCAACAAGGAAAAAGGUCAAGCCGUGGAAAUAUAUCUUCGGACAGUAGUCACCAACAGACUCAAUAACGCUCUACACGCUAACGCUCGCAACCAUCAAGCCAGCCAUCCUGAGUUAUACCAGCCAUAUCACAACCCAUCAACAGCGCAGAUACCACCUCUUGCCGGUUCUGUUAGCUAUGCCCCGUGGGGCAGGGCCCAGCAUGGCUACUCCCCAAAUCCGGAGUAUAUUGCGCAGCAAGCACAAGCGCCGAACCCGCAGUACUGCCAUCCUGAUUUUGAUGUUCCGGAUGAGCGUCUGCCGGUGUAUGAGCCUGGCCCUUCUGCGCCGGCAAAUCUUGCGAAUCAAGCGCCGGUUUACCGAGAAGGGUAUGCUUGA